AUCCAUCGAUGCGCCAAUUUUUCUACAAUACUCGACAAAGAAUGCCACGAACCCCCCAGUUCGCAUCCACUCCUCGAUUUCUCCUCUCUCAGCGCGGACCUCCUCCCUCCUCUUCUCUCUCAGCGAGGCGCCCUCGCCCCGAGGCCAUCGACGAGGAUGAUUCCCCGCAAAACACACCCCUCGCGAAACGUGUCCGCGGCCGUCCAUUCGUCGCGACGCCAGCAUCGAGACUGACAGACACUCCGCGCACUGCCACUACGAGAGACGUGAUUCAGGACUCUGAGGACGAUGAGAGUGCCCUGUCACAGGCAGAUGUGGACUCGGAUAUGGAGGCCGAAUACGAGGCGCUGUUCGGGGAGAGGGAAGGAUCGACGGCGAAGAGGAGGCGAGUUGGAGAUGAGGAUCACGAUGGAGACCAGCAAAAUGGCGACCACAAUGGCAUAGAUGAUGAGGAUGACAAUGACAAUAAAAAUGGCGAAGCGGACGACCAGGACUACCACCAGCCCCCGAAUGACACCGGCAACGAGACCCCCCAGCAAGAACAUACCCAUAGCCAUACCCAUGCCUUCUCUUCCGACGAAAACAUCCCCUCCUCACCACUCAAAUCGCCAUCGAAAACCCAGCUCCCAACCCCAACCCCUAACGCCAACCGUCCGCGCUUUCUCCUCUCCGCCUCCUCACAGUUGCAUACUCCGUCGCAAUCACAUUCUCAUCGCUACCCACCGUCUUCUACAAAGCAGACGUACACCACACCUUCACAAUUCAUGACUCCCGCUGCAGCGCGCAUAGCGACAGACUCGGAACCCGGACCAGCAGCUCCACCUUCAUCUAUCCCACCUCCGUCUACCCGCCGGAAACCAGGUUUUGUUCUCCCGCGAUCACCGUCGCCUGAUGCAGCUGUUGACGACGUCCUGUCCCUGUUCUCGCCGUCGAGAACGCAGCGUCGAGGAAAGGGAUCGAGAGCCUCGGGACAGGGGUAUGUGUCUGGGGGGAUGGCGGAGCAGGUGAGGGGGUGGGUGUUGGAGAUGGGGGUGAAGGGGAAUCAUGUUUCUGAACAUGGACCUGGGCAGAAGUAUGCGUUUAUUGUUCGGGUGGAGGAGGCGGAGAGGUCUGUUAUGGGGAGUUGUGGAGAGUUGGUCUUUGUGCGGGGAGUGCAUGUGGAUGAGGGUCUAGAUGGUGGUGAUGAUGGGGUGGUGAGGAAUGUGCUGUUGAUGGGUGCGCCUCAGUCACGGAGUCUGCCAGCUCUAGAAGAGGGAGAAGAGACCGAGAUUCCGGACCUUAAGACUGGGGAUCGCGUUGGUGUUGGGCGCGGGCUGGUUUGGGAUGUUGAGCUGGAGAGUAUGCAGGAGUCGAGGUCUGGGGAGAUGGAGAAGUGGCAGGUUUGUAUGGAGUGGGAUGUGUUGUGAUUCAUUCUGACUACUUAUAUGUACACUACCUAGCUAAAUAGACUAUGAUACCCUG